CCCUUCUAUCCCACAGCUAGUCCCCGUGUCUGAGGUACAUAUCGAGUUGGCAUCACGGCAUGUUGAGCUUUACUCAGCUCAGCUUCGCAUACAUGCCAUGUUCUCGGGUCUGCGUUACUUCAUGUUCUACUACCCACUAAGUGCAGCAUCUGUUGGGAUUGGCAUUUGUAUGGUUUUCCUGUCAACUGUGGUCAUCCUAAGUUGGUACCAGUUCUCUGCCCCUUCCACACUGUCUCCUAUGCAACCAAUGAUGAGUGCAAUGUCCUACCCCAACCACACUGCCUCAGUCCUUAAUGGCAUCAGUGGCCCAGUACCAAGCAAGAAGUUGGAUGAAGACGAGGACAUGGAAGUGGAGGUGAGGGGUGUUGCUAUGAGUGAACUGGAACCAGAGAACAAAUGUACUAAGAACGAUGAUUUCAAGCCUACUGACCCUCAGAGUAAGGAAACAAGAGAGACUCCUGACCAUGAGAAAUCUGAUGGUGAUGACUUUGAGGUGGUAAACUCCAAAGAAAAGGGAGUGGUAAGGGAAGAAGGUGAGGCAGUUUCAGCACCUAGCACGUGUGAUGAGGGGGACAGUGUGCUGCGACAACGGAUCCAGAGUGUGGAGUAGGCACAGCAGUGUGUGUGUGUGUGUGGGGAGAGGCAGUUUUAGGUACAAGUGCUACAUGUAAUCAUUUGAGGAUCCUUUCUGUUUGUGCCCCAAAAUGUUUAUAAUAAGAAAAUAAUCUUCAUAUUUCAAGGUUAAGUACCCUAUGUAAACACAGGAUGGGCCCUAAAUCAUCUUACCAUUUAGUGACCCAAAAGUAGACUAAGGGCCGCUUUCACAGUCGUUUUGUUUGUUUUGAUCGUUACCAAUUGCGCCGAUCGACGCUAUAGUUUUCCACGUGAAACUGACCUAUGGGGCAGUGGCGGCUGCAGAGGAAGCGAGAGGUGUUGAGAGUGUGUGGUAAGGUGCGGGGCUAGGCUAACCCCGCAGCCGCCACUACCCCAUCAGACAGUUUUAAGUGGAAAUUCUAAAGUGGCGAUCGUCGCCUGGUAAUGAUCAAAACAAACAAAACAACUGUGAAAGCAGCCCUAAAACUGACACUGUAUAUGUUUGUGUGCAUGUGUAGUUCUUUGUGUGCAUGUGUGUGUAUGUACAUUUGUGGGGGUGUGGCUGACUCGUAUGCCUUGCUCAACACAGUGUGAAUGUAGGGUGGACGGUGUUAGAAAGUAGUAUACUUGGUAGGUACCAUUUCAGUAUCACAAAUAUUGGAAUUGAAAAACAUUGGAACUGUCAAUACCAAUACCAGUCUCUGGGAAAGGAAAUACGUACAGCAAUAACAAUUAACAAGUAUUUCCUAGGGGAUAAAUCUGCAUAGGGCAAGACUCUUGUUGCCAAAUGCAACUUAGUGUUUGCUUGGGGGGUGGGGGGGUCAUCAAAUGGAAGAAUAUGGCCACCAAUGAGAAUUAGGGUAGUGAUUGAUUUGAGUUGCCAAAUGGGAAUUCGCCAAACCCAGACACACCAAGUGCAAGACUUUACUGUACAUAUAUCUGUUACUGAAACCAAAUCAAGAAAACUACAACAUAUAUAAUAUCAAUCAAUUUAAUAAUCCUGGCUGUUGAUGUACGCCAGAUCAAAAACAAAUAUGUAAAACUGUUAGCAAAGCAAACUAUUCAGAAGAGAAGGUAGCACACAGCAGGAUGCUCACAAAAACAUGGAAUGACAGUUCCCAAAUUUCAUCUUUGAUGGCCAAAGGGAGUACCUGGUGGUACUGUUACUUAGAUGUUGAUGCCAGAAUCAGUGCCAUUAAACAGGUCCUCAGUGUACUAGUAGCAUCUCUGAUGAAAAAACAAACACAUACACUUCCUCAACAGAGUAUGGAUAUGUAUCAUAGGACAGGAGGAGGCUAAGAAUAAGGACCUUGUUUGCUAUGUAAUGUUUGUCUGCCAAUUCUUAGAUUCUGUAGCCAUUUAUAUAGAUUCCUGUACAUAGCAUUUAUAAAUUGAAGUGGUGGAGGAUUGCAGUGUCACAGUUACAUAAAGAAUCCAGUCAGGGAGCCAAUGGUAUUCUGGUAAGUGCCUUGUUGCUUUAACAAUGUUUACCUGUCAAUCUUCAUCAUCAUCAUUUCAUGGAUGCCUGCUCCUAGGAGCCCCCACCAGGGGAUGGCCAUGGCAGAAGAGUUUCCAACUUUCUCUAUCCAGACACUCCCUCCUUGCCUGCUCAAAGUUUCUCAAAGAUCUUUCCCCCCUCUCCCUAACAUACUCCUGCACCCAAUCUCUCCAUUUCACUGGAGGUCGUCCUCUAGCCUUCCCUCCCUCUAUCUCACUCACACAUACCCUUCUGGUCAUCUCACUCUCCUCCAUUCGCUCCAUGGGGCCAAACCACUUUAAAGCCUGUCGCUUCACUUCUUCCACCACUCCACACUUCUUCCACCACUCCACACUUCUUCCCUUCACCCCUGUGACACAUUCCAAAACGCUUGUACACACUUUCGUUACUCAUUCCAUCCAUUUUACUCACACCACAAGCACUCCUCAAAUAACUCAUUUCCACUGCCUGCACUCUAGACCUCUGACUUUCAUUCCAGGCCCACGUUUCACUUGCAUAUGUGAGGGUUGGUACUAUUACAGUAUUUCUCAAAUCCCUUUUUACUUACCUCCAUGCUCACACUUCUGCCAUUCAUGAUUCGUCCCAAAGACCCUACCACCCUUCUUCCUUGCAAUGCCCUUUCUCUUAUCUCUCCCACCGUACCACCAUGCUUACACAUAACUGAUCCAAGGUACUUAAAAUCAUUAACCUCCUCCAUUUCUUCACCAUUCAAAAUUAUUUUGCAUUGGAAUGGAGGCAUUCAUUCCACAUACUUUUUCUACUCAUGCUAAAAAGCCUUGGUUUAAUCAUGCUUGUUCUCGUGCUGACGAAGAUAGAGAGACAGCUCACAAAAGGUACCAGAGCCUUCGCACUCCUGCUAACCAUGAUCUUUACAUUUCUGCCGGAAAUCAUGCAAAAUCUCUUCACUGACUUACCAAAAAUUCCUUUAUUAAUAGAAAAUGCCAAACUCUUGCUUUUUCUAAUUCUUCCUGGGACUUCUGGCAUCUAGCCAAAAACAUCUCCAACUUCACCUCUUCAUCUUUCCCUCCUCUCCUUAGUCCUGACGGCAACACCGCUGUCUCAUCUAUCUCUAAGGCUGAACUCCUCUCUCAAAUUUUCUCUAAAAACUCCACUCUACGGGGGUACGGCCAAUGUUUUGCUGGCAACACCUCCAUAGGUUUAUGGCGAUGACCAUUCCUGAGCUUCCUAUGGGUAAUCCUGCCAGGUGUGGGUGGACAAAGUGUUCACAAAGUUACGGUUGUGUUGCUGUUGCACUACAGACCAUUUUAAAGCAUCACUGUAGGACAAAUAACAACUUCCCAGUAUGAAAACAUCAUCAUCAUCAUCAUUAGAAACGAGUGAAACAAUGCCAUUUGUCAAUAUUUUGUAGAGAAAAAAAGACGUUUUAAGAAACAACGUCGCAUGCAGUGACACUAAGUAGCUACUGAAAUAUUCCUAAUGAACUGUUGAUCCCUUAACUGUGACUAAAUUAACGCAUGUUGUCUUUGAUGAGUGACAAAAUGAGAAAUAGUGUUCGUUCAUCCAAUCAUAUGGACAAGAUAGAGUGCUCUGGUGGAUUACGGGAGGGAGGUUAAAAACAGUCUCAAGAAUGGGGUGUCGUUCAAGAAGGCCAUAUAUCGCCAGAUGAUGCCUUAGGGUUGCAAACUUGCCACCCUUUCCUUAAAAUAUGUAUAUAACGCCAUUUGUUCCGUAUUUGCCUGACUGAAUGGUUAAACAGAUAAAAUUCAGUGUUUUAAAAAUGUAGUGAGCACGUUUUUUGGUGAACCACAAAACCAGUCUAUAAAAUUAUGUUUCUCAAAGGUCAUCCGGAAAUACGUAUAAAAUACACAUUGUAACGUCUCUCGCCCCUUCCUCUUGCCUUCACCAGCAGCGGGCAGCGGCUGUCAGUUAUGGCAGGCCAGAGAAAUUUUAGGGUUGCCAUCCGGUCCCUAAAAUAUGGAUUCAUUUUGUAUUGGAGGAUGGAAUGUUGCAUUCCUUAUUUAUUUUAGAUCAAGGUAGAAGCCCUAACUGAGACUCUUCCCAUUAUUUUCUGCUCUGAGCACUCGUCUUACAGUGAAAAAAGGGAACUCACGCUAACGUCUUCCAUUUGUACAAAGAGACACGCCAGUCCUUGUCGAAAGACCAACUUGGUUGGCUUGGCUGACAUAAGCCGAUAGAGUCAGUCUAUUGGCAUCAUCCCCUCCCCUUCAUGAGCUGUCACUUCGAGGACAUACAUGCUAGACCAUGACGACCUCCUUAUAGCCCGUGUCCCCACCCGGGGGUUGGCGAUAAAAAAAAGGAACAAGCAGGAUGCUCGUAUACCAAGUCACCACUCGUAAACCAAGGCAUUUUUUGUGAAGAUUUUUUGCUCGUAAAUCAAAACGUUCAUAAACUAAGGCACUCGUAAACUGGGGUUUGACUGUAGAGUUAACAAGGCUUGCCAAAGUGCCGCAGAGUCUGCCAAGUCAGGCAAGACAGUGAAUGUAAACAAGACGUUGCCAUAAGUGUGGUCAGUGUCACCUUUUCUUCAUCUUCUUACCCUCUAUGAAUGUUGCAUUCAACUAUGAUUGCUGUUCUGACAAAGGGUCACCUUUAAGAACUGAUGAGGGAAUGUUGUAAAGGAGCUUUUGUGUGGGAUGCCAAUUUGUUGGGAUCAGCUGAUCCAUUGUUCCAUUUGGCUCACCCCCUCUCCCAUGGGUCCACUGAAUGCAGGUGUGUGAUGUUGCCCCUGUUGCUCUGCUCAUUCCUGUCAACCCUGAGGACUUACUGGGUUUAGUCAUCAUGAACUGCUGUAAUAUGAAAGGAGCGAGUUGCUGAGGCUGCUGUGCAUCUGGUUGUGCAGGAGGGCAGCGACGGUGGUGGCAGCGGGGCAGGCUCUUGAGUGAGAUGACACACUCCCAAUUCCUAAGUUCUUUAUUCAAUAGAGAGCACAUUCAAAGUAUUAAAUGGCAUUUUUUUUGUUGUCUUUGCCUACUAUAGUCGGUUCAUCCGAGUCUGAAGUGUGCAUUAUCGCGCAACGGCAACCUGCAGCCACACGGCGUGUCCGAUUUUGUGGAUACUGUAUGCUAGCCUACGCAUAGUAAACAGUUAUCAAUGUCAAUAAUAUGCAGGCAGCAAUAACAAAUGCUGUCAAUUAUAAUAAUAGUCGAUUAUGAGUUAAAAAAAUAUUAGUAACAUCACAAAUAGCUGUUUUGUUGAUUUACAAGAUCGCUGAUUAUGGUUAUUAAACAACCUUUAAGCUGUUCACCACCGAGAUAAUUAGCAGGCUUUAUAUUAAUAAAACAGCUGUUUGCUACAUUACUAAUAUUUUUUUUUACUCAAAAUCGACUAUAAUUGACAGUAUUUGUUAUUGCUGCCUGCAUAUUAUUGACACUGAGUACUGUUAACUAUGCUUAUCCUAACCUACAGUAUCCAUGAAACAGGACACGCUGUGUGGCAGCAGGUUGCCAUUGCGCAAUAAUGCAGACUUCAGACUCGGGUGAACCAACUAUAGUAGUUAUGUUUAUAUACAAAUGUAAAUUCAGUAGUGAGAAACAGGUGAUAUAAAGCAAAAUAAAAAAAGUCAACUUGAAUGAAAGUUACAAUCUAUUUUUUGUUUUUAUACAAAGUUUACCCCCAAACUAGCCAUUUCAGACCUAGCAACAUUUUUUCAGUAUCUACUUAUCACUAGACACAGGGCCCCAUUGCAUAUGGAAGUGGUCAGAAAUUACAAACUUUCAGUUCGUAUAAUGACCAAAGUUUGGAUCCCCCAGAUUUAACGGAUUUUAGAUAUAACCACCCCCGUCUUCUCAAUUUGUUCAUCAAAGCGAGAGUUUACUGUAGUAUUUUUAUGUUGAGUUGAAUGGAUUGGUAAUCCCAAGAAAAAUUGUUGACAACUACUGCUGUACAUAGUGUUCAAAUGUGGUUAAGGAGGCUUGCAGGAUCAUAAUUACACAAAAAAGGUUCAUAAAGUUCAGUCAGGGGACCAAGGGUAUUUUGACAAGUGCCUUGUUGCUUCAGUAAUGUUUGUCUACUAAUACAUAAGCUUUUAGUUAUUAGUAAAUUGGAGACCAGAGAGAUAUAGUCUGCUUGCCUUAUCUGAGGGUACAUGGUUCCAGCUUCCAGGAUCUCCAUGGAUCUGCAAAAAAUGAGGAUGUUCAUGGACAUGUAUAAAUGACAAUUUUACCCUGUACAUGUUUAUAACUUGAAACCUACCAAUAUGUGCUAUACAUGUCCUUGAAUAAUGUUGUUUUGUUAUGUUGUUGAUUAAUACUGGUUAUUGUAAAAUAUAAAUUUGUAUAUUAUAUAUUAAUUAUACAAGCAUGUGGCUUGUUCUACCAGCUCCUUAACUCUUUGUGGUUUUGUUAGUUUUUACUAUCCCUUUAAUAUAUUCAUUACCAAAGUUUUGUGGAAAGAGACAUGGAUCAGUAAGUCAUUCACGGUCAUAUGUUACAUUUAACCCUUUCAUGGCUAAACGCUUGCAGCGAGCGUUAGACGUAUUUGCUGGUGGUGCUAAACGCUCGCUGCGAGCUCCAGCCGCACUCAAAUCUCCCGCGUAUGAGAGUGUUCCAGCAAUAUUUCUCACAACACAGGAUUGCCAUUUGAGUGGGUUCUCCACUAAAUUUGGUGGAAAAUCAUGUCAACCCAGCACGGAUAAUCUACGGACGAGCAACUGGUGGAUGUUGUUGUCCAAUAUAGCGACAUUUUUGCAUAGCUUCACCUAUCACAUGACUGAUAUUUUGACCAAAUAGUUGUAAAUUUUGCAGUUAGCAAUGCUGCCCUCCCAGCACCCCAUCAUCAAGAGACCUACAGUAGUUGCCUUACGGCUGACCGUCGCGCACGUAUAAAUGUACGUCAUCACAGGCAACACCCCCGGAACGUGCCUGUACUUUCGCAGGAGAGGCUUACAUUACCGAAUCGUAUAGAUUUUGGCCUCCUCUUUCCAAUGGUGUUUUUGUUUUAUAGCUGUGAUGAAUAGUUUUGAGAUACAGAGGUUAAAAGAGCGAGCACUAGCGUCACUUGCUGGUGGUGCUAAAAGCUCGCUGUGAACACCAGUCGCACUCACAGCAAAAAACACCCCCUGAACGUGCCUGUAUGUUUGCAGGAGAGGCCUACAUAACCGAAUCUUAUAGAUCUUGGCCUCCUCUUUCCAAUGGUGUUUUUGUUUUGUAGCUUUGAUGAAUAGUUUUUGAGAUAUAGCGGUUAAAAGAGAUCCCUUUCCCCUGCUGGGGUGCCCGAGCACGCCUGAGGGGAUAGUCUUGUUGCGAGCGCUUAGCAAUGAAAGGGUUAAGGCUUGAAAAAAUUAAAGAGAAAAUGGGAGACACUUCAUCACCACUAUAAAACAGUCUAUUAAGAUAGAAUACCAACAACCUAAAGGUGGUUUUACACUGGGCAGCUCACGGCAAUUUUUUCAGACAGAUGGUAUUUUAUGUCCAAGUCUGGGGUGAAACAUUAGAAUUGGUGGUCUAUCUGGCAAAACCAGCCGUUUUUAUUGUCGUGCCAAAACAUGUUCAGUCUGCAUACCGUAUCCUUACACACAGUCACCAACCAAUUAGAAGUAUUAUAGAUGUUAAACUUUUACAUUGAGUUGAAUUUAGUUAGGUGCUGCAGGAGUAACAUACAUAUACUGGAAAUAUCUGUGAGCCUAUUAGAAAUUAAGAAAAAUGGCAUGCCCGAAACUGCCUAUGGCCUUGACUUGGUGAUUCCCUUCUAUGACAUCUAGUAUUGUUGCUAUGGUAAUGUUUGCUAGUUAAUCUUAAGGCUCUGCUGUUAUUUAAAUAGAUUUCUAUGUAUAGCAUUUAAAUGCUGAAAGAUUGUAAGAUCACAACUAUGUAAGUAUUCAUGUAAAAGUUGAAUUCCCCUUUGAAGGCAAAUAAGAAGUAUGAGUUGCAAUAGUAGUUGUAGUAGUAGUAGUAAUAGUUGUAGCAGUUGUAGUAGUAGUAGUAGUAGGAGUAGUGCCAUCCUUAACUGAGGGCUGUGGUGGGGUCAGGGCAGGGUGGGGCCUGUGACCAGCCUUGCCAGGUCUCCCAAACUUGCUAUGCAUAACUUUUGUUAUAUAUGUAAAAGGCAUCACAAAUGAUAAAACACACACCAGUACAAGUUUAACGUAAAUAUUAUGACAUGUCGAAGAAAAGUAAAUAGUUAUACGUGUGCUAUUUUUAAGGCAAUAAAGAAACAUGGCAUACGUAUUUUACGGUGGUGCUAAAACAAUGUUAUUACUUUUAUUUAACUUUCAUAAGAUAGUUUGAAGGAAUAUACUGCAAGUAGAAAAUAUGAUAUUUUCUUAAUGACAAACCUUUCACAAGCGGCAGCACUCCCACUGACCCAGCCUGACAUGAGUCACGUGUUGAGUUCUCCAGAGACAUGGCAACGCUGAAGACAACUGUUGCCCCACCUCAACUGCACCCUGGCCCUCAUUUAGAGGUGGUAGUACUAUAGUAUAGUAGUAGUAGUAGUAGAAACCCCUAGAUAAGUAGCUUUCAUGUAAAUGUCAACCCCAUACCUGGGAUCUUAAAAAAUCAUUCCAAAAAUUUGAAACCCCUAGAUAAGUAGCUUUCAUGUAAAUGUCAACCCCAUACCUGGGAUCUUAAAAAAUCAUUCCAAAAAUUUGA